AUGGGGAUAGCCGCAUUCGAAUGGGGCAACAAGAAGCUGACGCUGCUGCAAAACAGGGACAAUUUCGAUUCCUGGCAAAAAAAAAAAAGGACGAUAAAUGGGGCGGCUUGGGAUGGAGAUAACCAGAUAUUGAGUGGACGGCUUGAACCGGACGGAGGGACAUGGUUUGGUAUCUCUAGAAGAGGUCGAGUUGCUUUUCUUGUCGACAGAAUGCUCUUUUCCGUUUCGACCAACUGCUCGUCGUCGUUGCCUAUGUGUUUCUUGCAGCUCGACAUGAGUCCAGAGGAAUUUGCAAGGCAGCUAGCUCAAGGGAAUAUGCUUAACGCCGAGACGAUGGCCUAUAACCUAAUUGUGGCAGACAUAACUUUAAACUCCAUGUUUCAUAUCUCGAGACAGCAUGCUGAUGCAAGGUCGCCAGUUGCUACAGCGGCUGUUGGCUUCGGUGUGCAUGUUCUUUCCCUUGGCAGACUCGAUGCCAAUUUCUCCCAGAUGAUUGGUGAUUACGAAGACAAAGAGGUACCACCGCUUAAGGAGAUUUCUGCCAAGUUUAUGUACGAUCCAGUGGAAAAUACGGAAGGGAACAAACUGAGUGCAUUUUUUGUCGACAUGAAAGUAAGAAACGUAACCAAUCCUGAGAGGUACAGAGAAGAAAGACGCUAUCGAACAACGAGUACAACAGCACUGACCGUGAAACCCAUUAUGGAAGUAAAUUUCUAUGAGAGGUAUUUGGAGGAUGGCGCAUGGAAACACCAUGACUUCACUUUCAACAUUGCCUAA